GCUGGGAGCUGAGUUUCGGGCGAUACCGAGCGGCGGCCGCCGGGAGCCCGGCGCGUAGCUGGGGUCUUGGGCGUCGCGAGAGGAACUCUGCGCCCCCCUGACCUCCGUGUAGCCGUGCGGUUAGGGGAAGGUCUCCUCGGGUGUCAGCUCGUCAGGAUCGUGGGUAGACGCACACCCGAGGGGACGGGACGUGCCAGCUUACUCGCGACCGACUGAAACUCGGGAAUCGUGUGAGGCAGAUUAACAUCCAGAGGGCUUUUUCUAAGUACCACCAUUAGUUGACUACAAGUCUCCCUCACUAUCAGUUUCGCUGCUGGUUUUGUAGUGGCAGAAAUGCUGAGCUUCCUGAGAAGAACGCUUGGCCGCCGGUCUAUGCGUAAACAUGCUGAGAGGGAGCGACUCCGAGAGGCACAGCGUGCUGCCACGCACAUUCCUGCAGCUGGAGAUGCCAAGUCCAUCAUCACGUGCAGGGUGUCCCUUCUGGAUGGUACAGAUGUUAGUGUGGACUUGCCGAAAAAAGCCAAAGGACAGGAGCUUUUCGAUCAAAUUAUGUAUCACCUGGACUUGAUUGAAAGUGACUAUUUUGGUCUGAGAUUCAUGGAUUCGGCCCAAGUAGCUCAUUGGUUGGAUGGUACAAAAAGCAUCAAAAAGCAAGUAAAAAUUGGUUCACCCUAUUGUCUUCAUCUUCGGGUUAAGUUUUAUUCCUCGGAACCAAACAAUCUUCGUGAGGAGCUAACCCGGUAUCUAUUUGUUCUGCAGUUAAAACAAGAUAUUCUCAGUGGGAAAUUAGAGUGUCCCUUUGAUACAGCCGUUCAGUUGGCCGCUUAUAAUCUGCAGGCUGAGCUUGGCGACUAUGAUCUUGCUGAACAUAGUCCUGAACUUGUCUCCGAGUUCAGAUUUGUGCCCAUUCAGACCGAAGAGAUGGAGCUGGCUAUUUUUGAGAAAUGGAAGGAAUACAGAGGUCAGACACCAGCACAAGCUGAAACCAAUUAUCUGAAUAAAGCCAAAUGGCUAGAAAUGUAUGGAGUUGAUAUGCACGUGGUCAAGGCUAGAGAUGGGAAUGACUAUAGCUUGGGACUAACUCCAACAGGAGUCCUUGUGUUUGAAGGAGAAACCAAAAUCGGCUUGUUUUUCUGGCCCAAGAUAACCAGAUUGGAUUUUAAGAAGAAUAAAUUAACUCUGGUGGUUGUGGAAGAUGACGAUCAGGGUAAAGAACAAGAGCACACCUUUGUCUUUAGACUGGAUCAUCCAAAGGCCUGCAAACACUUAUGGAAAUGUGCAGUGGAGCACCACGCCUUCUUCCGUCUCCGAGGACCUGUCCAAAAGAGUUCUCAUCGAUCGGGAUUCAUUCGACUAGGAUCACGAUUUAGAUAUAGUGGAAAAACUGAAUAUCAGACCACAAAAACUAACAAAGCAAGAAGAUCGACCUCCUUUGAAAGAAGGCCCAGCAAGCGAUACUCCCGGCGGACCCUACAGAUGAAAGCAAGCACAACAAAACCUGAAGAUCUUGGUGUUCAUGAUACUUCAACCCAGAAUAAUGACUCCCAACAGGCUUGGGGUGUGAGGUCUCCUGUGCCUGUGAUCCCUUCCUCAACUUCUGGUCCUGUGCUGGUGGAGAUAGAGAAUCUUCCACAGAAUUCUGCAGCAAACCAACACGACAGGAAAUGCUUGCCUCUGAAUGUUGAAUUGCUAAAUAGCCCAGACUUACUAGAAACAACCAUUGGUGAUGUAACAAGGACAUCAAAUACGAGGACAUCCCUAGCACCAGAUGACAUUAAUGUAGCCACCAGGUCAAAUGAAUUAGAGGAGCCCAAAGUGGAAUCUGAGACAUUAAAAGAUGACACAGAGAAGCUUAAAGAGCUCGAAAUGGAGCAGAAUAUCUUGCCAUCUCCUCGACCUCCCAUUGACAUUAAUGUCAACAGCCAGGAAGAAGUGGUAAAGUUGACUGAGAAAUGUCUUAAUAAUGCCAUUGAGAGCCCAGGAUUGAAUGCAGUAAGGGUUCCUCCUGACUUCAAGAGCAAUAUUUUGAAGGCUCAAGUAGAAGCAGUGCAUAAGGCUUCAAGAGAAGAUAGUUUAACUCAAAAAAAUGCCAGCAUUCAGGAUGCUGCCACAAACAGCACUGUAAAUGAGGAUGUGCCCUCGUGCAGAGACUCUCCCACUCCGACACAUGCCACAGCUGCAGACAGUGGGUCUGCAAUCAAGGAUGCGACAGAUGAAUUGGAUGCCUUACUUCUUUCUCUAACUGAGAAUUUGAUGGACCACACAGUCACACCUCAGGUGUCUUCGUCAUCCAUGAUCACACCCCGGUGGAUUAUUCCAAGUGCUGCCGUCUCCAACAGGCUCACAGGGUGUGGACCGUCUGUGGCCGGGACCGAAGGGUGUGGUCCUAAAGAAGGAUUCUCACUCAUCUCCCCCCCAGCACCGUUCUUGGUAGAUGCUGUGACCAGCUCGGCUCCUCUGGCUGAAGACCCAGUCUUGAAGCAGAAGUGCUUGCUGACCACUGAGCUCUGAGGGCUGCUGCUCCCACUGGAUCUGGAAUGCCCCACACUAUCCUGUCAGCCCUGGAUCCAGCCCAGUGAGUCCUUUACUUGGAGAAAACCUUCUACCUGGAUUUGACUUCAACUCCAUGAAGAAAGCUACAUUUUCCGUCCGACUGGAAGUCUACCCCACAUAACUGAAGAUAACCUCCUCUUCUUCCAAUCAAUUCCCCAUCAUCUAAAUUCAUUAGUUCCCGGCAAACUCUUGGCUCCACCUAGCGGUCCCUACUGUUUAUGGCAGCCUGUGGCAAGGCUUGCUGCCCAGAGCCUUUUCACUGCCGUUCCAGUGAUGUCAGGGUGAGCACACCUGACCCGAAAGCCUGCUGGAGAAACGAGUGGCGUUUCCCUGCACUGUCCCUGAAGUGGGAACUUAGGAAGAGAUGGAAACACUGUAGGUGGAUCCCAGACCAGCUCUCACAGUCGCAGGACUCUAGGGACGCUGAGAGAUGGAGGCUUUAUGUCAGCCACACUCUGCGGCCUGAGCAGUAACCAUCUUACUGCUCUUAGGAACUACGGAGUGAUUGUCUCCAGCCUUGUGCUCCCCAGACCCCUUUCCUAGAGGAAGGAUCCACAUCACUCCCGUCUGUAGCUUUGGUGUUUGGUCAGAGACCUGAGUACUCCACCUGCGGCCUGUGCUGUCCAUGCAACCCUAAUUGGCUUACAGCUGUGAAGGUCAGCACAGCAGCGCUCCAAACCAGGACCUGUUUAGACACAGCCUCCGGUUCCUUUCCGCGUAAGCUGAGUGAAAAGAAAAGGGAAACACCGGGCAGAGAUGGAGAAUGGUGGCGAGAGGGACCGGGUUCUUGAAGACUCCACUAGGAAGCUGUGCACAGUGUAGUGAAUGAAGGCAGCCCACAUUAGGGUUUUGUAUCCGCUUUAAAGUUCUCUAGAAUCCCAUAUUCUCUGUACCCAAAGAAGUUCUGGUGUUGAAGUGGUACGUGCUCACCGUGGAAAAGUGUAUGGGUAUGGACCUGAGCCAGCACAGGGAAUGACACUACAGUAGCUCAUGUGUGGGCUGGAAGAUGAGGACCUCAGCUGCCGUGGGGACUGGGGAAGCCACUGGUGUUGCCCUCUCACCAAGCACCGAUGUUAUCUGGUUUCUGCCUGUCAUGUGAUGUGUGUAUGGUUGAGCACUCAUUCUUCUCAGCUAAGAGAACAUCCAGCUCUGUGGUUCAGAUGCUGUGAUCUGGACUACCCUGGCUUCCCCAUUGUGUAUUAUGUGUUCAGGCAGAUGCUAGUGUCUAACUGGGAAGCUUGGGGAUUCGGCCUUACACUUUCAAGAGGAGCUGGACAGUUAGAAAGCACCUUUCCGAAAGGAGACAGAACUGCCCUUCUUGCUGGCUGGCUCCCCUUAGCCAGUAGGCGGCUCGUGCAUUUCCCUGGCAGUGUUUUGCCAGUCCACAAUAUUAAGACAUUCCUCACAGUGUGGGACCUAGAACCCGGGGCUUGCUCCAGGACACUGGGCUGGGUCCUGAGCGGCCUACAUAGUCUGCUGUGCUGCUAACCACACAAUGGCUAAGGCAUGAUGGCUUAGAAGUCCUACGUGUCUCAUCCUGUGUAGGAUUGAGCACUGUCCUUUCAAGACAGAGUAGCUGAUAGUACCCCAUAACAUCUGUGUCUCCAGGUACCUGAAUUCUUCAGAGUAUUACUAGGGACUUUGUUAGGGAUCACUUGGAUCUCCAGUGAAAAGAAAUCCUCUGUCCUAGUGUCGAGUCUUAAGUUAGAACUAACGCUUGAGUGAUGCAUUUGCCCUGACAGAUCAGACACACGUCAGACUUGUCAGAGGGUGUUCUGCCCCUCUGAAAGUGCAGCGGUCUAUCACGACAGACCCGGGGGCACCUGGAAGUGGUAGGUGGGAGUAUGUGAAGCUGUCAAGAAUGGGUAGAGUGAGGCGGAGGUGACAGCUGGGUAGGAAGGGGCAUCUGCCAGUGCUGUGUCUUUAUGUCACACUGGAGCUAGUGCCCAGAAGCUGCCCUUCUGUUCCCAGGGAGCAGCCAGACAAAGUGCCUGGGGUCAGUAAGAUGUGAAGUUACAGUUAGCAGUCCUAGACUCCACCUCAGCGCUGGAAAGGAGUCUGUCUGUCCGUGUGAAUAUGUAAAUGAUCUGGAGACCAGCAGCCCUCUCUACACGGGCGGCACUCCCGGCUGUCUCUCCUGAUCCUCAGGAGGCUGCUGGAUAGAGCCAGGAGCAGACUCCUUAGCGUCUUACAUUGCUUUGAGAAAAAUUCUUGUGGAAACAUUCUUUCCGUGUCCUGCUGACGGACGGUGGGCACUUCCUUUGCACAGGCUCAGGCGCCCUGGGUGUGUCUGCGGAUGAGACCUCUGAGCUGUUUCUAGGAUCUACUGCUUGCUCUUCCUCCAUUUCUGGCUAAAACUUGGACCUCUCUUCUCUUAACUGAGUCCCAGGAAGUCUUGCUGUCGUUUGCAAGAUUGUGUAGUCGCUCAACUGGUGAAAAACUUGGAGUUUUUUGUUUGUUUUAUGCUUUGGGUGUUUUUUGUUUUAUGGGUUUUGUGUGUGUGUGUGUGUGUGUGUGUGUGUGUGUGUGUGUGUGUGUGUGUGUUGACAGGGUUUCUCUGUGUAGCUCUGGCUGUCUGAACCCCCUCCAUAGACCAGGCUAGUCUGAAACUCAGAGAUCUGCCUGCCUCAGCCUCCCAAAUGCUGGGCUUAAGGGGAUGCUCCACCACCUCCCAGCAACUUGGCUGUUUUCUAAGUAAGGGUUUUAAGGAACAAAAUCCUUGUCUUCUCAUUUAGCAAGUAUCAUUUCCUCAUUUGUUGUUUUACUUUGUUCUGCUGUUUUGAGACAGAGUCUCAGUGUGUAGCCCAGGGUGGUCUUGAACUCACAGGAGUUCUCCUGUCUCACUUUCCAAGUACAGGAAUUUCAGUCAUGAACCGCCAGACCUAGUGUAUGUUGUACUGACAAGGUUUUGGUUGGUUGGGUUUGGGUUUUGAGUUGCUAGGGACCAGAACCAGGACCUUGGACUGAUAGUGGCAGCACCUGCCUAUAACCCCAGCACUCAGCAGGCAGAGGCGGGUGGAUCUCUGCGAGCUGCAGGCAGAGGCGGGUGGAUCUCUGCGAGCUGCAGGCAGAGGCGGGUGGAUCUCUGUGAGCUGCAUGCAGGCAGACCAAUGCCUGAGGCCCUUGUCUCACUCUGCCCUGAGCCGUCUCCAGAUCCAGAGCUGGAGACCACAAACAGUUCACCACUGUGCUGCUGCUGCUGCCCAGCACCGCCAAGGCCAGUGCCCGGGAGCAUAGCUGUGCCCACUAAAGCUUGUUUAUAACCAAGCUCCAAGCCAGUGCUUCUCAACCUGUGGGUCACCACCCCUUUGGGGGCCACAUAUCCGAUAUCCUACAUAUAAGAUACUGACAUUGUGAUUCAUAACAGUAGCAAACUUACAGUUAUGAAGUAGCAACUAAAUAAUUUUGUAGCUGGGGUCACUGUAACAGGAAGGGUCACAGCAUUAGGAAGGUUGGGAACCGCCGCAAGUGCUGCUCCCCGGCUCUGAGAGCAGUGGAGUUGCUGCUUGUUCAUGAAGCUGCAGGGUGAGACCAGGUCUCAGCCGCGAGAGUCUCGGUGGGAUCCUGUUAAUCCAUCUCUUGGCCAUGGAGUUGACUGAACUCAGAUACACCUGUGUAAUAAAGAAUGCAUGUUUAUAGAUCAUUUGUACUUUUUACUGAAAAAAAAAAUACCUGAGUUUGUGGGCAGUCAGGAUGGACUUUCUGGAAACAUCCUUGUGCUGCCAGGAUGGGGGAGCUCGGUUUGCGCUAGGGGAACUUGUCCUGAGCUGAGUUCUGCUGUGGUUCAGAGUUCUUGCUGGAGACUUGCUGGUAGGGCUGCAGUCCUUCCUCUCAUUGCAUUGUGGGGGGUGAUACCCGCUAAUUCUCAGGAUUUCUUAUCAGAGGAGUGUGUGUGAGAGAGUCUGUGUGAGUGUGUGUGUGUCUGUGUAUGUAUGUGAGUGUGUGAGGGAGUCUGUGUUGUGAGUCUGUAUGUAUGUGAGUGUGUGUGUUUGAGAGAGUCUGUGUUUUGUGUGUGUGUGUGAGUCUAUGUAUGUGAGUGUGUGUGUGAGAGUCUGUGUGUGAGAGUGUAUGAGUGUGUAUGUGAGUGUGUCUUUUCAUGGAGCCCUUUGCUCUCCUGGUUUUCACAUCUGGAUACAGUAGAUGGUUAUGAGAACUCUCACCAACUAUUUUGUGUUUACUUUUCUACAUGGUAAACUCUGCAGUAGCUUUGAAACUGUAAUUUAUUUUUGUAUGAGGUACACUAUAUUCAGAAUCCCCAUUGUAUAUGGCUUGUGUUAGAAGCACUACCCUGAACUGUGAAUAGUCUGUACACUGAACACGAUCUGUAGACAUGACCCAUUCAAAUAAAACAAUGAGAACAUUCAUGC